AUGGGGAUUAAAAAAAGGAUCGCCCCCCCAAGGCGUGCCAGAAUAAAUACCGAAAGCGAAGGGGGUGUGGGAGGGCCCACCGCGAUGGAUGGAGUGGAACGCCGGAAGCAAUCCAUUCAGGGGCGAGCAUCAACUCUUCGCCCGCACACUAAGGAUUGGGGAAAACUCUUCGGAAGAUCUCCUGAGGUCUUUUUGUUACGGAUGAUAGAGCAGUCUUGGUACUACCCUUUAAGCCUUGGGGAGGGUAGAGAGACCGGGGCUGGAAAGCCAAGCGCCGAUCUCCGGAAUUGGGGUUACUGUAGCUAUCCCUUGCCCUGGGUGGCCAACGCAAAGUGUGGCAUGACUGCUGCUGCUGCUGCUGCUGCUCUUGCUACUGCUGCUGAAGUGGCAGGAAAGCCAACAAGGGCAUUGUCAACCACGGGAUGA